AUGUCAAAUAGUGAUAAGAACCAUGAAGAUAUUAACAUUCAAAAGAUAAAGAAUCAUUUAAAUGGUAAAACAAAAAAUCAUCACAAUCAUCAUCAUCAUCAAAUAUCCACACCAAAAGCAUCAACACCAAUAAGAUUAAAUAGUCCACAUAUGUCAAUAACAGACUUAUCUAUAUCAGAAACUCGACCUAAUUCAUCAUCUCCUUCAUUUCAUCAACAAAUUUAUCAACAUUCUCAUUCUCAUGAUAAUCAUUCACAUAAUCAUAAUAAUCUAAAUUCAAAAUUUACACAAUUUGCAUCUCAACAGCCACAAUUUGAAAACUAUAACAUAGAACCAGUAACAACAAUAGCAAGAGAUAAUACUAAUACUACUGAAGAAUCAACUACAACAACUACAACUACAAACCUACUACUGGAAAACCCUUCAAUUUCACCACCUCCAUUACCUUCAACUCCAAAUUCUGUUGAUAUAGAAAUAGAUGGUGAUGUUAUGCCAUCAAAUUCAAUAAUAAAUAAUAAUAAGAAUAAUAAUAAUAAUUUACCUAAAUUUAUACAUAAAUGGACUCAUACUCAUUCUAUAUUAUGUUGUAUAGCAUCACCUAUAAAUCAUUUAUUAUAUUGUGGAACUCAAGAUGGUAAAGUAUUAGUUUAUGAUAUAGAUACAUAUAGUUUAAAAUUUGAAAUUGAAAGAGGUAAUAAUACACCUCAUCAAAUAAAUUCAAUAUUAUCAAUAUGUUUAAAUAAAAAUGAAGAUAUAUUAUUUGUUGCUGGUUCUGAUUCUUUAAUAAAAAUUUAUGAUAUAAAAAAUAAUUUUAAUUGUACUCAUAUAUUAUAUUCAUUAGUUGAUAUAGGAGAUAUUUAUUCAAUAAAUUGGUGUGAUAAUUUACAAACUAUAUAUAUAGGUGCACAAAAUGCAAGUAUAUUAUGGUGUAAAAUAAAUGAUUCAUCAAAUUUAAUAAUAAAACCAUUUACAAAUUUAGAAAAUUUACCAAGUUUUAGAUAUGAUAAAUUUUUUGACUCAAAAGGACCCGGAGGUUCACAAAAUACUAUACAAACAAGACAUGAAUUAUAUAGAAAAAAUUCACUGGGUACAAAAAUUGAAAAAAUUAAAGUUAUUGAAUUUAAUCAAGAUGAUAUUAUAAGAUUUGCUCAUAAUGGUUAUAUAUAUUGUCUUGAGAUUAUUGAUUCAAUAGUUGGGAAUUUUGGAGAAUGUAAAUAUUUAAUAAGUGGAGGAGGAGAUGGUGUUAUAAAUAUUUGGUCAAUGAAUGAUUUAAAUAGUUCAAUUAAAAAAUUAGCUUCUUUAGAAAAUGAUGAAUCAGUAUUAUCAAUGACUAUACAAGAUUCUUUAUUAUAUGUUGGAUUAGGAGAUUCUUGUAUAAAUGUUUGGGAUUUAAUGACUUUACAAUUAAUUAGAAGUUUUAUAUUUGAUAAUGAAGAUGAAAUGAAUGAAGUUUUAAGUUUAGGUGUUUAUAAUGAUUCAUUAUAUAAAGCAUGUUCAAGUUCUGGAUUAGUUAAAUUAACAAUGAAACAUAAAAAUGUUGCAAAUAGUAUUGGAUUAACUUCUUUAAAAGAAGAUGGUAUAAUAAAUACUGUAACAACUUUUAAAAUAUUACAAAAUACUUAUUUAUUAGCUGGUGGAAAUAAAUCUUUAGCUAUGUGGGAUAUUACAGAUGAUAAUGAAUCAGAAGAUUUAUGUGCUCCUAAUUCAAGUAAUAGUGACACCACCACGAAAAACACACCAUGUACAAGAUUAACAGAUAAUGAUUUAUUAACAAUGUUAAAAAAAUUUAUUUCAUAUAAAACAAUAAGUAAAAAUCCUCAAUUAUAUCUUGAAGAUUGUAGACAUUGUGCUCAAUUUUUAAUAAAAUUAUUUAAUAAUUUUAAUGCUUAUCAAACUAAAAUUUUACCUGUAAAAAAUGGUAAUCCAAUAGUAUUUGCAGAAUUUAAACAAAAUAAUGGGAAAAUCACAACAACCAAAGAAAGAGUAUUAUUUUAUGGUCAUUAUGAUGUUGUUGAUGCAACAAAUCAUGAAGCAAAAGAUUGGAGUACGAAUCCUUUUCAAUUAACUGCAAAAGAAGGAAAUUUAUAUGCAAGAGGUGUAAGUGAUAAUAAAGGUCCAAUAUUAGCAGUAAUUUAUGCAGUUGCGGAAUUAUUUUCCAAAAAUGAAUUAAGUUGUGAUGUUAUAUUUAUUAUAGAAGGAGAAGAAGAAUGUGGAAGUAUUGGAUUUCAACAAGUUAUAAAUGAUUAUAAAUCAUUCAUUGGUGAAAUAGAUUGGAUAAUUUUAAGUAAUUCAUAUUGGUUAGAUGAUAUAACACCGUGUUUAAAUUAUGGAUUAAGAGGAGUUAUAAAUGCUCAUGUUAAAAUAAAAUCAGAUAAACCAGAUAGACAUUCAGGAGUUGAUGGUGGAGUUAGUAGAGAACCAGUAAUGGAUUUAAUGCAUAUUUUAAGUAAUUUAAUGGAUCCAAAAACUCAAGAAAUUAAAAUAAAAGGAUUUUAUAAUAAAGUUUUACCACUAUCAGAAGAAGAAUCCGAGAUAUAUUCAAAAAUUCAAUCACAAUUAAAUAUAAAAGAUAUUGAAAUUUUAAAAUUAAAAUGGAGACAACCUUCAUUAACUAUUCAUAAAAUUCAAGUUUCUGGACCAAAUAAUAAUACAGUUAUACCACAAGUUGUAAAUGCAACAAUUUCAAUUAGAAUAGUUCCCAAUCAAGAUUUAAACGAGAUAAAAAAUUUAUUAAUUCAACAUUUAAAUUUAAAAUUUUCAGAAUUAAAUUCAGAUAAUAAAUUAAGUAUAAAUAUCUUUCAUGAAGCUGAACCAUGGUUAGGUAAUCCAAAUAAUAAAGUUUAUAAAAUCCUAUAUAAUAAGAUGAAAUUAAAUUGGUUAAAAGAUCCAAUAUUUAUAAGAGAAGGUGGAUCAAUUCCAUCUAUUAGAUUUUUGGAAAAGACUUUUAAUGCUCCUGCUAUUCAAAUCCCAUGUGGUCAAUCUAGUGAUAAUGCUCAUUUAAAAGAUGAAAAAUUAAGAAUUAUUAAUUUAUUUAAAUUAAGAAAAAUCUUGUAUGAUACAUUAAAAGAAUUAGCUAUAUAG